AGGCGUAAUUUCCACUUAUGUAUUUGACCUGCCUUUGAGCCGUCUCAGUCCAUCUAACCCAGACCAUGGCAGCCCAAUUAUCCAAGUGAAGCUGUGAAGGCCCUGCCCUUUAGCGGUUUAGCCCCUGCGUACAACUUCUCACAGAAUCACAGCAGCGAAGGAGGCACCGAGCGAGCAUCUCAGCGACAGUCGACGGAGCAAGUGGCGAGUGCUGCCGGCUGCGAGUCGGCGAGUGACCACGGUGGCACGGACAACGGGACGAUUGGACGACGAUGGAUUUCCGACGAGAAUCACAGGGCUUCACAGCAGUUGGGCCCUUCUUCUGAUUUCCGGUGGCCGGUGCGACGGUGCUCCCAUCUCUAGACUCCACGCAUACAAUAAGACUUGCACUGCCACGAUGCCAACCAUGGAGGUCGAAGAAGCAGAAAUGAAAAUCUUCGCCAACAGAGAAGAUGGAGUUUCCGAGAAAGAUUCCAAAGUUUUACAAUUUCUCGAUUCACUAGAUAGCUAUCUUAUUCUUAUCGACACUUUAUCUUCAACACUUCGCCAGGGUAAUCUGGAGUUGUCAAGUGCUAGACUUUCUAUGGGUGUGUCACGCAUCAAUAGCACGUUGCUUGACCUCAAACCACAUUCUGCCACAACUGUACUGGAUGUCUUUCAUCCGGAAGGAUCGAAAAUGGACCACGUGUGCUUCAAGCUGUGCAAGUGGGCUAAUUCUGCUUGGCCAGAAAGUCCAUCCAACGAAAGUAAAUCCAACAAGGAUGGCUCAUUGCAUGAAGCUCAAGGGAAGAAUCAGGAAGAUAGCGGGUCUCCAUGCACACUUGAUGACAAGGCCAAGAGAGAAAGACUCAAAUCACUGUCUAUGUUUGGGAUGCUGGUUUCUCCAAAGCUUCGAGCUGCCCAACUUUCAUAUGAGACAGCUGUGGAUACUAUUGUAGAGAUAGCAAACAUGCGAAUGUCAAUGCUGCAGGCUUACAGUGAAGUGGCAGAAGAGAUUCAAACUACUAGGAACAACUAGAGGUUCAAUUCCUCUUAUAUAUUCAAGAUACUUUUCAGUCAAUUCUAAUUCAGCUUUUCAGUUCGGUGUCAAAAUGUAUCAUCACAGGAUCAAGACACUUUUCACUGUGAGGAAUUCUCCAGUUUUUCCAGUUUUGUUACUCCAACAUUAAGUUAGAGCAUUUGAAGUUCCAAGGAUCGGGAGGCUAUUGAUACCUAAUCUGUUUGGCUUCCCCCAGAUCUGACUGCAGGGCUCAAAAGAAUCUAGACACGUUCAUUUUCUCGUAUGGCAUUGGGUGGAGACUGUCCAUUGUACUUGGACAAAUAAAUGUCAUAUUCACCUCUCUACUUGUUGAAAACAAUCUUUAAAGCCAAGUGACCUGCAAGUAACUUGUUGAGCUCAAUAAAUCACACGUUUAGCUAUAAAUAAGGUCAUGUCAACUCAUUUUAGACAUGUGGCUUUUAUAACAAAAUUUCAUUUUCUUUUUUCUUCUCUUUUCAUUUUCCCUUCUUUGCUUUAUCUUCCCUUCUCCCUAUCCGGC